CAACCUCUAUCCUUCUCUCCCCUACCCCUUCCCAACCUCCCACAGGUAUAUAUGAGGGGCGAUGCUGUGGUUCGGUGGGGUAUGACCCCAGAAACCAAAUCUGCUGUGGUGGCAAGGUGACCACAAAAUAUCCAAAUGAAAACCAGUGUUGUGGAGAGAAGUCGUACAGUGUGCUGGACCAGACAAAGCUGUGCUGCAGCGGAGUGCUUCAUGACCUGAUCGGAUGCAGUUUGGAGGGAGCGGAGUGCGUUGGGACCAGGAUUCACUGCCCACAAUCAGAAACUCAGUGCGGGUCGAUUCUGCACCCACAACGAGGCCUGCACUGCUGCGGAGAACAGACCUAUGACCCCGAUAAGGAUCUAUGCUGUGCUGGACACCGAUGGCCAGGGAAAAGGGGAAUGGGGUGCUGUGGGGUCCAGCCCUAUGACCCUGGGGACCCCAAAACGAAGUGCUGCUCUGGCCACCUCCACAGCCUGCAGGCGGGGCACCAUGGCAAGGCGCAGUGCUGCGGGGUCCACCUGAUCGCCAACGCGUCCCUCCAGUGCUGCGCCUCGGCCCAGAAGCAGCUGCCGUACCCCAGGACGCCCGGCCUCUCCUGCUGCGGACACUUCCAGUACAACACUACCCAGCACUACUGCUGUGCGGGACACCUCCGCAGAGCCACCCCCGCCGUCCGGCACAGGGAGAACUCGGGGCACUGUGAGCUUAUAACUUCGGACACCCAGAAGGCUCUGCAUGAGCUAUGCAAAAAGACAGUACUCAUAGGGUCAGUGGAAAGCAUGGCGGUGAAAGAAAAUGGGUCCCGUGAAGUUGUGGUAAAGAACGUCCUGCAGAUCCAUGUGGAGAAGAACUUGAUCGCCCUGAGGGGUACCCUCGUGCUCCUCUUGAAUCACUGUAGCUGUCCGCCACUGGCCAAGGAUGGGCUCUACCUGUUCAACCUGCAGGAGACCAACAGAAUGACCAUCUCUGACCUGAGCACGACCGUCUCCCCGGUGUAUGACCUGCUGUCUGCGCGCCAAUGGGCUCAUCUUAAAGUCUGAAAGUUCGACUUUUUUUUAAAGCCAUUUUUGUGACUGUAUGAACUCCCCAGUAAAAGAUGCCGUUUGUUUUCCGAUCCCCUUUUUUGUACUUGGAGGACAGGGGAUGCAUAAAGAAGACUGAGGGUGUUUUGCAGUCCAAGCUACUUCAUAUGCUAUAUAAGUGCUUUGAUAGACUUAUAGACUUAACCAUUUGGUUGUAUCAUAUAUGCUAUAUAACUACUGUAUUCUCAGGGCAUUCAGCAAUCCAUGUUAAACGUCAUAUUUAGAUAACAAUGCAGCGGAUUUGUGUUUUUCUUUAUGAAGUCCAGAGGUGCUGCAGCCCUGGAGCUCUUUGUAUUUCUUUGUCAACGUGCCCUGGAAAAUUGACAUGGAGCCAGGCACAGAGGCAAAAACAACACUGAUGAAAUCUGAUGAAAUAUCUAGUACAGUGUCUAGUAUUCCGUCUGGGUUCAUUUUUUGUCUGUUUUUUCUGACGACAUGUUUUCACUCAGUUCAACUGUUCAUCCACCUACCGGGUAUUCUCUGCGUCUGGGUUCAGUGAUGGGUCGUCUCCUCGUGAGUAGAUUAAGGGCUCUUAAUGCCACGACCUUGGUUUGAUUCCAACCCAAAGUCUGGAGACAGGCACAUGGUGCUAUUAAGAUGUGUUACUCAAUGUUAUUCCCAUCUCAGUUUCUGAUUGCCCCCUCGCCCCCCUGUGCUUUGUGACAACAAAAUAUGGAAAUUCUCUCUCGUUCCCAUGUUUUUAAUUUAACCGAUGUUCAAUGUUGUGAAACUAAUUUUUCUCAGCAGAUAUGAUGCUAAAUCACAGUAUUUAUAUUUUUUUUACUGAUUUUGAAUCGAGUAUAGUGUUGUAAAUCCAAAGGUAGAAUAUAAAUUAUUUUUUUUUUAAAUUUUGUUCAUUUUGUACUGUAUUCACAGUCCUGCACUACCACCAAAUGUGAUUUAGGCAUCACCACUGUUUACUGGACGAAGACACCGCGAGUGUAACUUCUGUGGCAAUAUUUUUGAUCCCUGUUGAUCCGAUUACAUACAAUGAUAUGUGCUUUUAGCUUCCCAUUGUUACAGUAUUGUCUUCGCCAGAAGUGUGUGUGCUUAUAACAUUGUGUAACAUUGUAUAAUGAAUGAGACUAGGCAAGGGAGUUAGCUGCAGAGAACAUCCUUCAUAUAAGGGGUUGGACUUGCGAAAUGUACAACUGAAAAUCUAAUAAUCAGAAAACAAAAUAAAUGUGUUUAUUGCUUAUUCAAUAAAGCUCAUUUUGAAAGACA